AUGAGUUUCUUGCCAUUAGUGAAGAUCAAACUAGGUCUCAUCUUUCUUCUUCUUUUAGCUUCAACGUUUGCUCUCUCUUUUGCAGGCCGAUCAUCCAUUCUAAUCUAUAGAGAAGACGACAAUCAUCAAGAGGUGGAGGAAAGAAGGAUACAUGAACAUGAGAGAAUUCUGAGGAUGAAUUCAAGAGACUAUGGUCGCUCUAGUCCUAAACCAAAGUUCGUGAGGCCUCCUUUCAAGCUUAUUCCCAAUUGA